UUCGACAUCAUUGCUCUCCGGGAGCCCUACUUCGACGCCCUCCGCAACAGCCGUGGGUCUCAGCGAUGGAUUGCGGUAUACCCCCCGAACCAUCAGAACCCUCAGCAGCCCACCCCACGCUCAUUUCUUCUAGUCAGCACGCAUAUCUCUUCAGGUUCCUGGGAACCACUGAUUGUCCCCUCCCCGGACAUCACCGCUAUCCGCCUGAACACUGACACAUAUACUGUACUAAUCUAUAAUGUCUACAAU